ACUCCACUCCACGCCUUCUCUAUAAAUGCCUCCUCCCUUCUCUCUACUUGUCUUCAUUCCAAGUUGCCCGGAUACAUAACAUCCCUCCCUGCCUCAUUCUUUAGUAAGCUGUGCUCUCUAGCUAGCAGCUACCUAUAGUGGUCACUGCCGAGACCUACGCACAUAAUGGCUGGGCGCCCCUACUACAACUCAUCCUCCUCCUCCUCCCCCUGCUUAAUGCCGCUGUCUGUAGUGCUGCUGCUGCUCUUCUUGCUUGCGUUCUCCAGCUUCGCAGAGGGUAAAGGUCAAUUGCGCCCAUCAGAGUGCAAGGCAAGGUGUGGCUAUAGGUGCUCGGCAACAUCACACAAGAAGCCCUGCAUGUUCUUCUGCCAGAAGUGCUGCUCCAAAUGCCUCUGCGUUCCCGCCGGCACUUACGGCAACAAGCAGUCCUGCCCUUGCUAUAACAACUGGAAGACCAAGGAAGGAGGUCCCAAAUGCCCUUAAUUCUCUUUCACACCACCAUUUCUACUUCCAUUCCCUUCUACCCCUAUUUUCUUUUUCCUCUUAUAAAUUUUCUAUGUUAAUUUCUCAAAGCCCAUCCACAUUGAGUUGAGGAUCUGGGAAAUUGGGAAUUAUCUGUACUUCUAUAUAUGCACUUCAUAUACAUAUAUAUAUUUAUAUGGUGAUGACAA